AUGACAUCUAUUGAUUUUUUUGGUUCUUUUAAUGUAGACUUUUUUAAAAAUCGAAAGUUUGUUAUUGACGAGAGAAAGUACGUAAAUGCAGAUUUUUUUAUAAAAGAUUUACUACAAGCACUUGAUAAUCCAUCAAUAUAUUUUUUUAAUAAUCAACCAAAGUUGUAUAAUAGUAAUUAUACAUUACAUAGCGAGUACAACGGUGAUAUUUAUAAAAACGAAACAAUACUAGAUCAUGCUUUUAUAGCUAGAAAGUUAUUUAAUAUUAAUCUUGAUUCACAGUUUUGUAUAUUUAGAGACGGAACGUGUACAAAACAAGACUGGUAUGAUUUUGAUAUAGUUAUUAUUAUAGAAUUAUUACCUAGUGGUAUUUCUACGGAAUAUGAUGGUAUUAUAACUGUUAAGAAUAGAGAAAAAGUGUUUUUUAGGUGUAAAUAUAAAAGCUAUACAGACAAAACAGAGUAUUUUAAACUUUAA